AUGCUGGACACUGAUAAUAUCCAAAAGGUAUUAAAUACCCACAUCAGCAUUCCCAUCCCGGAGCCCAUGGUGCAGAAGAUCACAUCCCUACCGCCAUUCAUCGCUAUACCAGGGGUCCAAAACUUCCGCGACCUAAGCCAUGACGAUAACAAGUUGCGCCCGGGGUUUGUCUACCGAUCAGGAAACCUGUCAGAUAUAAUGGACUCUGGCAAAUGCAUACUUGCCAGCGAACUAGGAAUCACCACCAUCUUCGACCUGCGAAACGAGGGCGAACGACAAAAAGCCCCGCCCCCUUCUGUCCCGGGAGUAGAUACCGUCUGGAUGCCAUAUGGUGCGCGACCGGCUACCUUGAACCUGCGCGACUUCGUUGGCGAGGACAAGGGCGCCAGUGGGUUUGUGAAGAUGUACUCUGGUAUCCUCGAGGCCGCUGUUCCAGGAUUCACAGAGGUCUUCAAGCAUAUCCGAGAUAAUGCCGAUGAUCCUUUUAUCUUUCACUGCUCUGCCGGCAAAGACCGCACAGGAGUUCUGUCUUCUCUCAUCUUGCUUUUGAUAGAUCGCCCCCACGAAGAAAUUAUCAACGAUUAUAUCCUCACCCGAGUGGGGUUGGAAAGCGCCCGCGAGAAUCUCAUGGAAGCCUUUGCUCUUAACAUGGACUCCGAUCAGGUCGAUAUCAGUCAAUUGAGCCCCGAGGCUCGUGGCAUGCUUGAACUGUGUGGUGUCCGGGCUUCUGCAAUGGAGGCCUUCUUAAAUUCGUUCCAUAGUCAGUAUGAGAAUGGCGUGGAAGGGUAUCUGACGACCAGACUUGGAUUCUCGGCGGACGAUGUAGCGACGAUGCGCAAGAACUUGACCGUGGAGUAG